AUGGUGAAGAAGGAGAAGAAAUCGAAUAUUUCUGGGAAACCAAAGCAUUCACUCGAUGCAAAUCGUGCAGAUGGUAAGAAGAAAACUACCAAAGCUCGUACCGCCACAACGGUUCGCCGUGUUAUAAUGUACAAAAGUAAACCUAAACGAAAACCUAACGGUGAAAUCAUUAGCAACGAGUAUCAAUCUAAGAAGUUGCCCAAAACGAGAAUCCAACGUGAUCGGAGAUGGUUUGGGAACAUUCGUGUUGUGGAUCAGAAACAGCUUGAAUACUUUAUAAAAGAGAUUCAAUCGACAAAAUCGAGUAAUUACAAUGUGAUUUUGAAAGAGAGGAAGUUGCCUAUGUCUCUGUUGACUGAUACCAAGAAGCAAGCGAGAGUUCAUUUACUUGAUAUGGAGUCAUUUCAAGAUGCUUUUGGAAGGAAAACAAAAAGGAAGAGACCGAAGCUUGUGGCAUCUGAUUACGAAGCCUUGGUGAAGAAAGCAGCUGAAUCUCAGGAUGCGUACGAGGAGGGUGUAGGUCCUUCUGGUGAAGGAGAAGAAGAAGAUGGGCUUAGAGACCUUGUGAGGCAUAAUAUGUUUGAAAAGGGACAGAGUAAACGUAUUUGGGGUGAGCUUUACAAAGUCACAGACUCCUCCGAUGUAGUUGUCCAGGUUUUAGAUGCUAGGGAUCCACAAGAUACUAGGUGUCAUCAUUUAGAGAAAACUUUGAAAGAGCAUCACAAGCAUAAACACAUGAUUUUGUUGUUGAACAAGUGUGAUCUUGUACCAGCUUGGGCUACGAAAGGAUGGUUGAGAGUACUAUCAAAGGAAUAUCCAACUCUUGCAUUUCACGCAAGUGUUACCAAGUCAUUCGGAAAGUUUGCUCGUCUGAAAAGUGACAAGCAAGCCGUAUCUGUGGGAUUUGUCGGGUAUCCAAAUGUUGGGAAAUCAUCAGUUAUCAACACAUUGCGUACUAAAAAUGUUUGCAAGGUUGCUCCAAUUCCAGGGGAGACCAAGGUUUGGCAAUACAUCACACUCACCAAGAGGAUUUUCUUGAUCGAUUGUCCUGGAGUUGUAUACCAGAGCCGUGAUACUGAGACAGAUAUCUUCCUCAAGGGAGUGGUAAGAGUUACAAACUUGGAGGAUGCAUCUGAGCACAUUGGAGAAGUCCUGAAGCGUGUCAAGAAAGAGCACUUGCAGAGAGCAUAUAAAAUAAAGGACUGGGAGGAUGAUCAUGACUUUCUUCUUCAGCUAUGCAAAGCAUCUGGCAAACUGUUAAAGGGAGGGGAGCCUGAUUUGAUGACGGGAGCGAAGAUGAUACUCCAUGACUGGCAAAGAGGUCGCAUACCUUUCUUUGUCGCACCUCCUAAGCUAGACGACGUCAAGCCUUCAGAAGCAAAGGUCGAAGCGGAAGUAGAAACCACAGUGCCCGGUAUAGACCCGGAAGCCAUUACCGAUAACAAUCAAGCAGCUGCUGCAUUGAAAGCCAUUGCCGGCAUCAUGUCUUCUCAACAACAGAAGGCUGUUACUGUCCAAAGAGAUUUCUACGACAAGAAAGACCUCGAGAAUGAUGAUAAAGCAAAGGAGUCGACUGAAACAGACGAUGAAAAUGAAACUGUUGCACAAGAUCAUGUGUCGAUUUGA